CACCUGGUGUUGGAAAUUUAAAUAAAAAUAAAAUGGAGGAAUGUUUUAGACAUUUAACCUAAAAGUAAACAAACGCUGUCAGAUAGAGUAUAUUAUUCAAAUGCAUCAUGGUGAAUGUUAUGAAAGGAAUUUUAGUUGAAUGUGACGCUGCUAUGAAACAAUUUCUCUUACACUUGGAUGACACAAACGCCCUAGGAAAAAAAUUUAUUAUUCAAGAUUUAGACGAAAAACAUUUAUUUAUAUCUGCUGAUAUUUUAGAAACCCUACAAGCUAAAGUUGAUGACCUUAUGGAUCAGAUUUCAUUUCCUUUAGCUGACAAAGGGAUAUAA